UUGCAGUACUAGUUGCAGCUGUUGUCAGUGCACACACCGCAUCGUUUCUAUGACCCUCCCUCUCAUCGCGCCGCAGUGUCCUUGACAUCGCGCUCUUCCCUGGCAUGGCGCCCGCCAAGCGGGAAGUGAUUCAAAAUAAUCGAAAGUUCUGUACCCUAUGUCGCUUCACCUCGUGGCGCAAGGCGACACUGAUUCUGGACAACCGAGGGGGAGGAACAGAUGCUCCAUUCAAAUUGGUGGGAUUGUCGUGUUGUUCGUUAUGUGAGAAACCCAAUGAUAUCAAUUCGAAACUGGACUACAGAGUUAGCAAGCGCGUGAUUUCGGAUGUACUCGGGAUAUAUCGAGAGGAAAUUUCCAAAAUGAAAGACGACAGUCGCAGACUGCAGGAGAGAAACGACAAAGUUGAUCAGAGUAAGAACGAAGCACAUGGUUACAUUAGAGAUUCCGUGGUAGACUUGCUGAUGGAAUGUUUGAAAGAUUUAGUUCUUGAUAAGUUAGAAAACCAUCGAUGUUAGUUAUUGUUUAUUAGUGUAACUCUUUGAAAAGUAUUAAUUCGUUUUUGUUUGUUAUGUGUAUCGAAUUCAAUGUUUAUGGUUUGUCAUUUUAUAUGUUUGUUUUAUAAAUAUCUACAUAUUGGUGCAUGUCUUAAAUUUGUGUAUUGAUUUACUCUUUUCUAUUAUAAAUAAUGAUUGAGGUAA